UGUGCGUUACAUAAAAAUGUUUGGGAUGGAAAAGAUCUCGAUGGAGUACCAGAAGAGGAUGAUUGGAUAGAUGAUGGUGAGCCAUUCGAGAGGAUAACUGAUGGAAUAAUACUCCAUCCAUUUCAUAGUCACCAUCUACGACUUGAGAUCUUCAUGGCUUAUGACAAAAACAAGUAUUGUCGAGGGUGUGCGCUUCCAGUCUACGAAGGUCAGUUCUAUUCAUGCAUGGAAUGCAAGUUCAUACUCCAUGAAAGUUGUGCCAAUGCUCCACGCAUGAAACGACAUCCCUUACAUCCAUAUCCACUUACACUUGACAAUAUGGCAUCUGCUGGUAAGGAAGGUAAAACCAAAUGUAGUGCAUGUAAGCGUGACGUUGGGGGCUUUUAUUAUUAUCAUCAUUCAAAAGAACCAGUGCGUACUUCCAUACUACUAGACUUAAGGUGCGCCUUGAUUAUCGAACCAUUUGAAUUCCAAGGCCACAAACAUCCCUUAUUCCUACCUUGGGACCUAAAGGAAAAGACCCGAUGUCAAAUCUGCAAAGAAGUUAUUAAACAUCAUUCGGAAUUUCAAUUCGGCAGAGAAGUUAUUGAACAUCAUUCGGAAUUAAGUUGCAUGGAUUGCGAUUAUACUAUAUGUUUCCAUUGCGCUACCUUACCAUACAAGGUAAGGUAUAAGCAUGACAGUCAUUUUCUCAUAAUCUGCGAUGGCAAAAAAGCAAGUGAUCAACAAGACUGGUGUGAGAUUUGUGAACGCAAUAAAGAAAGAAGACAUCCUGACCUGAAUCCAAAAGUAGAAAGGCGAAUUUAUAAAUGCAGUGACUGCUGCACCACUAUUCAUGCCGAAUGCUUACUUGGGGCAGACAUUUACUUGAGAUCUGGUCAAACGAUAAAAUAUGGCGUUUCUUAUUCCGACUGCGAUCUGAGCCGUGUAGAUGUUCAGAUUAUUCUCAACAAUUCUCUCUCCAGACCAAUUUGCAAAGUAUGCCACUGUCGAUGUCCAUUCCCAAUAUAUUUCAAAUCGCAGAGCGGAUACUAUUGUUCUUCGCUUUGUAUAGAAAGGUUGAUAUACAACAGCAAUGAGAGGUAUUGGAGGAGUAGAUAACUUGCGAGCAAAUGUGUGAAUCUCACCAUCCAAGUUAUCCCUUUUUCUUGUUAGGUUUGUGAGAUAUAUGUUCUAUUUUCUUUGUGUUGUUUGAACUCGGGGUUUGGUAAUUUUAUCAUAGCAUUUUAUAGCACGUUAGUUGAGUUUAUGUAUUAAAUUAUU